GACAGCCAAGUAAGCUGGCUGCCGCAAGGCGAAGACGCGCGGCAGCUCCGGAAAUAUGACAAGAGACAAAAUCUGCUGCCAGCCCUGGCGCUCCUGGACGUGUCCCGGUGCCCUUUGAACGGCCUGCUGCGCGACUUUUUGGAGCCCUUGGCCAUUCUGGCCCAUGUGGGGCGCAUUGGUGCGGCCGGGUGCAACUUGAGCGGCGAGCUGCCCGACAUGGGGCACAUAGAGAAGGCGGAG